AUGAAGAGCGGUCAGUCAGACAUCAUCAAUUAGGCUGCGAAUUGACAGUUUAAUAGUAACAUCUAUGAUUAUCUAAAAAAGAAGAGAAAAGCCAAUGUAUUAAAACAGAACAUAAAAAAAAUGCAAAAUAUGAACAAAGAAGGCGAAAAAAGCUCAAAAACUUCUCUCCGCAGCCAGAAGCAGCCAAAGACGCACCAGCAGGUUUUGGUUCAGAAGAAAAAGAAGAAUUUGUCCUCCAAAGACGCACAAAGGGGCGUCUUGACGAGGGAGACGCGGUCGGACCAGUGGCAGCAACCUGCGGAGCCGCUGAAGCCCGCGGGGCAGCAGGACCGGCGGGCGGGGAAAGCGUCUCCAGGUGACCGGUGCCAGAGCCAGGGCAGCCCCGGCGCGCAGAGGAAGCUGUCGGACGCCAGCAACGCCUCGGAAGACCUGAGCAAAGACUCCGGCUGCCCGUCCGGGAAGCUGUCCUCCUCGGAGAGCAGCUCAGAAAUCUCCGACUGCGUCUCGGAGGGCAACAAGCGCGAGUCCCCGGGCACCGAUAACGAGUUAAGCUGGAUAGAAGGCAGAGCUUACGUGAGCCCGGAGGACGGCGGCGCGCCGGCCGCUCCGCCGGCCGCGCGGACCUGCGCGCCCCCGCCGCGCGCUGCCGGAGCCGGGCUCGGUCUGCUGAACCUCCCGGGGGCGAUCAUGGACCUCAUGAUGGGGGAAUCAACAGAAGACCUGGUCAGGGAAAUGGAGGACUUGAGGUCAGAGAACGAGUAUUUGAAAGAUGAAGUGGAGGAGCUGCGCUGCGAGAUGCUGGAGAUGCGCGACAUGUUCCAGGAGGAGGAAGUGUACCAGCUGCAGGAGCUGCGGAUGCAGCUGGAGCAGGCCAACAAGACGUGUCGCAUCCUUGCGUACCGCCUCCGCAAAGCGGAGCGGCGCAGCAUCCGGGUGGCUCAGACCGGGCACGUGGACGGAGAGCUGGUCCGGAGCCUGGAGCACGACAUCAAGGUUGCGAAGAGUGUGUCACUCCGUCUGUACAACGAGCUGGAGGCGGUGCAGAAGAAGAACUCCCAGCUGGAGUGGGACAACGAGGUGCUGCGGGAGAAGACACAGGAGCUGGACGUGGCCAAGCAGGUCUUACAGACGGAGGUGGACAAAGCAAGAGAGAGCUCUCUGAAGAAGAGAAACAACAGGUCAACGACCAGUAAGGCAGAGAAGAGGCUUUCUCAGCUGAUUGAGGAUGACAGCGCUGAUCUCAAGUGCCAACUCCACUUUGCCAAAGAAGAGUUGGCCCUCAUGUGCAAGAAGCUCACCAAGCUGGUGUCGGAGAGUGAGGCCAUGCGGGAAGAGCUGGCCAAAUACCAGAUGACCUACGGAGAAAUCGAUGCCGCCCAACCACCUGAAGGAAAACAAAAAUCUGGGCGUGCCAGAGAGGCAGAGGUCAAAGUUCAUCUGAAACUGGUGGAGGAAGAGGCUACGCUGCUGAGCCGGCGCAUCGUUGAACUGGAGGUGGAGAACCGCGGGCUGCGGGCAGAAAUGAGCGAUCUCAGAGAGAAAGUAGGAGGAGGAGGAGGAGAAGAAGAAGACGCGUUGGAGGAAAAUCCAUCAGCGACAGUAGCGAUGAAAGACAGGGAGGGCGAUUUGAAAAUGGAGCCCGGGGUGCACCAUAACGAGCAGAGCAAUGAGUUGGAGAAAGGAAAAGGAGAAGCUGAGAGACCUUUGCUGUGCAGCCAAUCACAGAAUGAGGGCAUGGUUGCCGUGCGCCACAUGACACGGGAAGGUCCUGUAGGUGGCGAGUGGGAAUCUUCAGACAGCCGUGAGAGUGAUGGCAACAGAAAACCUACCAGUGGUCCAAAAGGGAUGACCUUACAAGACUAUGAAACUCUGCUUGCUCUCCGAGAUCAUUCUUGCAUUUUGACUUCUGCCAUUCAGCUCCUGAACACAGCACCCAGAAACGGCCACAGCCCCCCCCCCUCGGGUGCUCUCAGCUCCCAGGAGAACGUGAGCUCAAACGGUAAAGCGCUAAGAUCUUUAAAUGAGGCUUUGGAGCUCCUGCAGGCCAUGCUUCUGGCUUUCAUCGGCAGGAUGGAGGCGAUCCUGAGAGGGGUGGAGGGAUGUAAAAACUCUGCUCACAAGGACGGGGAUGCCUGGGAUUCCGUCUCGUUUCUCUCUGUGAAUCAUGAAAACAUCCAGGAAUCACCGAUUCAGCAGGAACAUAUCGAAGACAUUCGCGCCACAGAGGUGAAGAAGAAGGAGAAGCAAGUGAGACAAGGAGACGUGGACGGCUGCAGGGAUCCACAAAUGAUACUGUCGUUGAAAAUUCUCUGGAUCCUGCAUCAGGCCUGCAACGUCAAGGGGCCAGAACGUGAAGGAAAAGAGGUUAGACACAAAGCGCUGUCUGUGCUGCUGGAGCUGCUGCAGGACCUGGGAGGAGAGCUCCGAGGUGACAGCAAGGCCAGAGCCCCCGCCUGCGAUGCAGCUGAGUGUGCCGUCGGCGAUGUUCUUCACGAGGGACACCGUGAACCUCUCAGAACCUGCAGCAUGGAAGGAGAAAGACUAGGACGGUCGUUUUGGCCAGGGGGCUGGAGAAGGAAGAACUGGUGCUACCUGAGCCAGGAGGCGGCCCAGGUGGACCGAGAGGACCCCGUUAAGACCUGGGACCACCCAAUCAUGCCCUUCAACUUCCCUGAUCUGGACUUUGAGCAGAUGUCCAUGGAGAGAAGCAACACGGCCCCGGAGAGGUCGACCUUCCGCAUCUACUACAGCCCUCCGUCGGCUCGCAGGGUCCAGCUGGCCCAGCUGAAGCAAAGCCCAGUGGCAAACAGGACCGAGUCUGUGGACACCUCCUCUCCGUGGUGCACGCCCCCAACCUCCUUCUCUCAGAUCUGCCUGGGUUCCUCUGCUAACCUGAGCGACGACAUGAAGGAAAUGACAGCCGGCUGGAGGCAGACGGUUCACGGCGGCUCCCAGGAGAAGCGAGGGAAGCCGGCGGGCCGCUGGGUGGACGUGGCCUGCUCCGGUACUCAGACUCACAUGAAGCCGCAGAUGGUGAGUGUGGCUCAGCAGACGGAUGGGACUCAGUCCACGGUGAGAAACAGCCCUUCCAGAGUCCUGAGCUCCUCCCUGGUCUCCGCCCGCUCACAACACAUGUCCACGUCCCUGGAUGGGAUACCGGGCCGAGUGGAGCGGGCCAGAGUCUCCACCUCUUCCCCUAAACUCUACCGCAGGCACUCUUCCCUGCCCUCAUCCACCAGUUUGAGCUCGUCUUCCUCCUCUUCCACCUCCACCUCCAGGGAUCGAGCAGCGUGGAACCUGCCCAGUCAAAGCUACUCGGGCCUCACGUGGGCUCGACAGGCCAGUCCCAGAUCAGGCUCGGGACAGAACCACGGCUCCGUGAGCAGCGCCAAGCCGCCCAACAAGUCUGCAGGCACCAACCGGUGUGGCUUGGUGACGGAGUUCCUGCGCAGGGUGAGCGGCCGGGCGGACAAGGCGGGACCGGAGUCGGGGCAGAAGGGGAAGAGAGGCCUGAAGAACCUGGAACGGGCCCCGGCGAGGCCCGCGGCGGCUCCGCUGCACAGGAACGACAGCGUGACCAGGAUCGUCAACCAGAGGUUCAUGAAGCAGAGAGAGGAGCCAGGUCGAGCUCCGAGGGAGGAGAAGGGGAGCGGCCCAAACCCCAGAGUCAGAAACAGCCACAGCAGUGCCACAACUGAGGACGGAAACUACGACUGCAGCUCCAGCAGCACGUUGACCUUCUGCUUCGCCCGUCCAUCGCGCUCUGGCCAGAAACAAACCUCCAUCCCGGGCAAACUUCACAGACCCUCGCCAGCGGCGAGCACGGCUGCAGACUCCAGCUGUGGCUGAAAGGGAGGAGAAAUGGCACAUUUUACAAACACAACACUUCAGAACAGAAACAAUUUGUAUGCACAGUCCAUUUUAAAUGCAGACUCAUAUUUAUGUGCUAUGUUAAGGAGUAAAAAGAUUUCUGUCGGUGCUAUAAUGAUGACGUACUCAUCUCCUUUAACAGAUGAGUGAACUCUUUAAUUCAGUUACUCCUGGUUAAUUUUGUAUCGUCUUAAUUGUGUUCUGUAGUGAAUAAC